GCCGUAUGACUGUGUAUCCUGCAAACUUCCCUUUCUUUGCUGUUAAUUUUCAUUUUGCAGUGUUGUACUUCAAGCCUGUCUUGGAGGAUUUUUCCUACUGGAAGGAUUAGGUCCUGAAGAUGAUACUGGUGGGAUUUCAGAAAUACUAAGUCUGAAGAUUUACAAAGAAUGAUUUUGUGUUUUUUUGACUACUGGAUUUGCGUGGCUUUAGAAAGUAGCAUGUCUGAUUGAUAACCCCAGUAUGAAGACCUUGGGGAACAGCCACAUCCUUGGGAUAUUACCUUGUGCUUUCUAUCUGCCAUUGGUAGUUUCCUUUGAAAAAGUUACCAUCCCAGCAGAGCUGAAGUCAGUUGUAGCGAAAGUUGCAGUCAACACCACAUCCUGCAGUGUCACCUGUGGGCUGGGCUUCAAACUGGAGGAGAUGUGCGAGAUCACUCCCGCCGGAGAGAGGAGGAAUUGUACCUUGCACAGGUCCGACUGCCUGACCAGCUGGGUUUGUGGCUUACUCCACUUCACCAUCCCCGUGGGCAAACCCUUCCAGCUCAGCUGCAUGACCUCGGACGUAGUCGGCUUUAGUAGCCAAGCCUAUAGCUAUAGGUGGAGGCUUGCCCAAGGCCUUAUCACGACAAAUAAUGUACUGUUCAAACCUUUCAAAAACCCCAAUUCUGUCAUCAUCAGAUUUUCCCCUGCUAGGGAGUCUGAUGCAGGGACUUACCGAUGCGAUGUGCAGUUGUUGAAGACAUUCAGAGUCAUCAAGAGGGUCUACUUUGGGGUCAGAGUGAUUCGAAGUGACUUAGUGGAUCUGAACUUUCAAAAAUCCUUGACUUGGGAACAGAAGUUAGCAGCAAAUGAGGUGGAAGGAAACACAGAAAACAGCACUCAUGAAGAAGUGCAAGAACAGCAGCACUUUUGGCAAGGAGAAUUGUUUUAUGAAUGCUUGGUAGGAGUUGGAAGUGGAGUGAUAGGGGGUAUCUUGGUGAGCAUGGCACUCUGCUUCUUGCAGAAGAUUUUGAGAAGGAGAGCUGUGGAGUAAUGAACCGAGAUUUAAUACAAUUUCUUGUCUCUGUCUCUUUAUUAGUAUUGAUGCAGUAUUUCACAGCAAAGUUUGUUAUUUUUUUUUCUGGCUGACACAGUUUAUUACCAAAUACUUUCUUAAGCUUUGGAGUCUGAUAAGUUAGUACAGGACUGUAGAGACAGAGCUUGAGUCUUAAUGGAAUAGUGCAGACAGUAGCUCCAGAUGAGGCAAGGGAGUUUGGCUCCACAUUGUGUGAAAGGAUGGUCUAGAAUGGUCCAGACAGGAGGACACUGAGCCACAGAAAACUGCCCACUGCUCACUGCUAAUUACCUUGCUCUGCUCCUCUAAUAGGCCAUAUUUCACCUCUAGGUGUUUGGGGGUUUUUUAUUUAGCUAAUAACUUGCGAUCCUUAUUCCUGUCUUAAUUCCUCGAAUUUCUUCUGCCUUGCUGAGAACUCUGUGGUGAUGUGAGCUGACACAGAUCGCUGUUUGGUAGAUGGUGUUUCUCCAGCACAAGGUGUAUAGAAGUAAGGAUGCUUUCGA